AUGCCGUCCCAGGAGCUCGCACGCUUGCCCAUACCCAGCCAGCCUGAUGCCUUCUUCAUCGGCAAGCUGUGCCCGCCUGACAAGCCCGAGGAGGCUUUAAUGGAUGAGGCUGCCCCACUCGAAUUCUUGGAGGCCAAGUCUCCCCGAAGCUCCUACCCAUCAGUCUGUGAUGCAGCGUCACCACGAUGCUCGUAUUUCGACUUCUCCUGUGGGCAUCAUUUGCCAGAGGAUGUGGCGCUUUCGCCCAACCGUGUGCUGCAUGAGUAUGGGGUGGCCAACUUGACGACCUUCCUACGCUCCGUGGCUCGCUCCCCAAACAAGCUGCAGCGGAUGGUGAAGGAGAAGCGCAGCAAUUUCGACGACAGUGACAGUGAGGACUCCGAUGGCGGCUCGCUUUCCUGGAAAGCCUUGAAGGUCAAAGUCAAAGCGUGGCCUUGCGGCCUGUAA